AUGGAAUCGGUAAACGUCGAAACUAAAGAUGAAAUUUUGCAAAGGCAUAGAAAUGAGAAAAAAGAUUUGCAAUGUAAGAUUCAAUCAAUGAAGAAGUCUGUAGCAAAAGGAGAUCGAAAGAAGAAGAAAGAAGUUGCUGAGCACACAGCAGAAAUUGAAGCAAAAUUAAAGCAGAAACAUGUAGAAGAACUCAAUAAAUUCAUAGAAGUGGAUGAAGAAUCUUCUCUAAUUCAAAAUUUACAAGAAGUCAAAAUUAAUGAUGCCAUUCCAAAAGUUAGUAGAGCUGAAAAAAGGCGAACAAAAAAAAUUACUGAAAUGAAAGAAAGACAAGCUUUAAUUGAAGAACAUGAUAUUAAAAACAUUGGUGGAACACGACAUAUUGAAACUCAGACUUUAGUUAAAAAACUUAAGAGUCUUGGGUUUAUUAUUUUUGAUAUUCCUUCAGAUGGUAACUGUUUAUAUAGUGCUAUUGUUCACCAACUUAAAGAAGUUUGUGGAAAAACAUUUACUGUACCAGAAAUCCGUAUAAAGACUUCUGAUUUUCUUAAAUGUAACAAAGAUGACUUUAUUCCAUAUUUAAGUCAUCCAGAUACUGGAGAAAUGUUAACUGAUCUACAGUUUAAUGAAUAUUGCUAUCAAGUAGCAAAUUCAGUUCAAUGGGGUGGUGAAAUUGAACUUAGAGCUUUAUCACAUAUAUUUAAAAUACCAAUCAAAGUAAUUCAAGCCGAAGGAUCUGAUAUCACCAUUGGAAUAGAGUAUACUAAUUGUAAUAAAACAUUAAUAUUAGUGUUUCAUAGACAUAUGUAUGGUUUAGGUGAACAUUACAAUUCUGUAUGCUUGAUUUAGUACUCAUGUUUUUAAACUGAUUGUAACGAAUAUUGAUUAAAUAUAAACUUUUUUGAAAAAUACAUUUGUGUUUCUUCAUCAAAAAAGCAUUCUUGUGAUAUAUUUUAUAAAUCUACUUUGUUUUUUUAUUCUUUUUUGGGUUGGCAAGUACAUCUAUAGUCUGUGCAUUGUUUAUUAUAUUAGUAAAAUUGUUUAUAAAAAUAAGUUUUCUUUAUCAAACAUGCAUUUGUGUGGUUUACAAUUGGUAUUAUAUACAAAUCAAAACAAAUAUAUGAGUAUAUAUUGUUAUAUCAUUAUAAUUGCAUUUAGUUUAAUAAUUAUACAGAAUGAUUCACUAAGCGUGCUCAUUCCUUUUUUAUUUUUUUUUUGGUUAAAUUUUGCAUAUAUUUAAAUUCUGAUUUUUGAAAUUUCUUAGUUUUUUUUUUUUAAUAGACAUGUAGUAAAACAUGUAUGCUUUAACAGUUACAAUAAUUGUAGUUAAAGACUAUAUUUUCAAAUACUUAGAUAUUUCACAACAUUUAAGGAAUAUCCUGUGGUGAUACCAACCUAGGUUUCUCAAAUUAGAACCUUGAUGUUAAAAUGGAUUCAAUGGAUUUCUAAAAAUCAGAAUUUGAAUAUAUGCAAAAUUUAACCAAACAAAAUGGGGUGAGAAUGCUUAGUGAAUCACUUUGUAUGUAAAAGUUAUAUAUUUUUACAAAUAUUUAAAAAGUCAGAAUUAAUUAAACAUUAUCAUUAUUUAAUAUAUAUUUAUUUUGGCUUUUGUGCAAUAUGUGAUCUACCAAAUAAAAGUGUACAAAAAAAAAAUAAAAAAAUAAAAAAUACUAUAAUAAUAAUUAAAUGUGUCAUUAUUAAAUUAUUAAACACUUAUUAUAAAAUGAAAUAAGUUUAAUAUUUUUAAAAUAUUACAAUAUUAAAUGUUUUUAAAUUCUACCACUUAAAACAUUUUAUGGUUAUUUUUUAUAAAAAAAUUUUAAAAAAAAAUUCAUCAAACUUAUAUAUUAACCUAUAUCAAGCUUUAAUUAAAUGGUGAUGUAAGUAUAUAAUAUAACACUGGCGUUUUGUACUGUAUAACAAACACAGUAAUUAUUAGUACAUUUUCAGACCCAUACAAAAGUAACUUAAGUAUUUACAUAGCCUGUUAGAAAUGAUUAGAAGUAAAUAUAUUUAUUUAACUUUUUAUGAUAUGAAGAUUUUAUUUAAAAACACUCUAAAUUUAAUAAAUUUAAUUUAGGUAGAUAAAUUUAUUUUCCAUAUAAAUAAAUUUCUUAUAUAAUAUGUGUUAUUCUAUAAAUAAUAAAAAAAAAAGUAAUUUACUCAAAUAGUUUUAUUUGUUUUAUUAAAACAUUAUACAGUAUAAGAAUUUUUGGAAUACUUACAUGUUUACUUUUUAGUUAGGAAACAAAAGAAAACUAUUUAUUUUUCAGCUUUUAGGAUUGUUAUUAGUGUCUUCUGCAAGUUCUUUCCAACAUAAUCUUCUACAAUCAAUCAGUGGUGUUGUUGAAAAAUAUAACUACACAUACUAUCCGCUACAUAAUGCAGGAUAUAUUUCUAUUGCAUUAAUUUCAGAGUAAGUAAUUUUCAAAUAUAACUUGUUGUAGUCAUAUAGUACAAUAUAUUUAUUUAUUUUGAUCUAGAGAAGGAGACGCCGAUUUGUACAUAUCACAACCACAUAUAUCGCAACAACCCACUUUUGAUCCAGAUAAAUAUUGCCUUCAAUCUGCUACAUGUGGAAUUGAUAUUAUUCACGUACCUCAAUGGUAGUUUUAAAAUUAAUUAUGAUUAUUUACUACUGUGUAAUGUUAUUAAUAUUAUAAUAGAGCUAUUACUUGAUAUUUUUAACACUUCAUAAGAUUUUAAUAAGAGUUAAAUUUAAAAUAUUCAACUUAAUUGGUGUACUAAAAACACUAAAAAUUAUAUUGUAAUUUGUAAACUGAAUUUGGAAUUUAUAAACUUUUUACUCUUAUUAAAUCAUUUUCCUUUAGUUUAUAUAUUGAAAUUAUUUUUUAAAUUUUAGUUAUUUUACUCGAAGUGAAUUACAUUAUCCUUUUUUGUAUUUAAAUAAAUUAAAUUUCUUAUACAAAGGUAAUAUCAGAUUAAGAAGUAAAACAAGCCUGACUGAGUUAUAAUUUAAAGCCAAACUCUAAAUUCAGUUAUUUUUCCUUUUAGUAGACAGGUUUCAUUGAAUUAUAAUAAUAAUAAAAAAAAAAAAAAAAUAACUGAAUCAAUUGAUAUAACCCUUUAAUCAUAAUCAACCAAAUUUAAAUGAUCUAUAUGAUUAUAAUUACUAUUAAUAAUAAUAUAUUUAAUUUUUAUUCCAUAUCUACUAUCAUACCACCUACUAUAUAUAUAAGAACUCAAAGAUACUUUAUAAUAAUAAUUAAAUAUUUGUAUUGCAGGUUUAAACGACCUAUAUAUGUUGGUAUUUAUGGUCACCCAUCUAAUGAAAUUACUAAAUUUACAUUAAACAUUAUUCAAAAUUCAGACCCUGGAGAAGAAUUUAAUUUGAAUUUGUUUGAAUCUGAAGUCGAAAUACAAUCACUUAAAAUAAAAAUUGAUGAGCAUCGCGUAAGAAAAUAAAUAAAUAUUAACUUAUUGAAAUUACACAACUUAUAAAGUUCCAUACUAUUUUAAUACAUUUAAUAACUUCAACUAACAAUAGUAACCUAUUGUAUUAAUAUAUAUUUUUUUUUUUCAUCAACAAUUUUGAAUUGAUUAAAUUUAUACUUAAUUGAAAAAUAAUCAAGAAAUAAAUAGUAAAUAGUAAAUAAAUAAUUGAGAAAUAAAAAAAACUUCCUAUAACUUUUUUUCUUGUAGGACCAAGAUGUAGAGUUUGAAACUAUCUAAUCAAAUGCAUUUUUUUAGGUAACAUUAAAGGGGAAAAUAAACUUUCAUAAUGUUAUACUAUACUUUAUUAUAAUAUAUAUAAUAGUACUUAUGUACCAGGGGUGGCCAAUAUGAAUGUCCAUGUAUAUGAAAGUCACAUGGAUAAAUACAAUAAUAUCAAGAGCCAAAAUGUUUAUAAAUACAUUUUAUAAUUAAGUAAUAUAUAAUCUAAAUAAUAAAGAUAGCUAACAGCCGAUAAAUAUAUCAAAUUACGUAUUAGUUCAAUAUUAUUUUAGUAAAUAUUAUAUACAGUAAACAUUAUAUUAUACUAUAUCCAAUUAAUUUAUUAUUGUUUAAGGAUAUCAAUGAAAAUGCUGAAAAUUUGUUUGAUUUCUUUGGAAUACCAAUGCAAUUAAUUUGGAAUUUGAUUAGUGUAUUUAUUGAAGUAUUAUUUUUAUGA